AUGGCGAGAAAAGGCGGGAACCUAGUCGGUAUUCUCGAUGUGCAUAUUCUGCAAGCGGAAAGAUUACCGAAUCGGUCCACGCUCGGGGCUCAAGAUGUGUACGCCAAGGUGCUGUGCGGUGAUCGCGACCCGCUCGGCCGAGUCGCGCUCACUACGCGGGCGAUCAAAGGAGGGGGCACGGACCCAGUCUUCGAUCAACGGCUGCAGGUUGGGAUUCCCGAGCGUGCCACCGAGGUUAAGUGCGAGGUUUGGUUCGCCAGUCACCACCGAGGCACCACAGAGGACCAGCUGCUCGCGUUUGUGUACAUUCCUAUAAGAGACGCUUUAGAGAAGCAAGGCGAGCAAGAUUUUUCUCUCACCACUGUAGAUAACGAGGGGCGCGCUAUACCGAGCGUCAGAGAUCCUGCCAAGAUGGAUUUGAUUCAGGCACUAAGGGACGUGGCAGAAGUGGAUAGGCUGGUCGGUAGCAGCAGCAGCAGCAAGAGAUUGAGGUCCCAAUCUGGCCCCCUGAGAAUGGGUGGUGCUGAGUCAGCAGCAGGCCUUGCUGCUGAGUCAGCGGGUCUUGCGGCUGAGUCAGCAGGCCUUGCUGCUGAAUCAGCAGCCACUGCUGGGUCAGCAGGCUCGGACACGUCAUCAGCGGUGGAAGCAGUUGCUGCGGGUGGUGCUGCUGCAUCUGCUUGUGCAGGUUCGGGGCCCGAGCCUGCUGGCCCAGGGCAACGCAGGCUGAGAUACCGAGCCAGCCCGUGA